CACACAACUACAACAAGCGGUAGAACCAGCCGGUGGUCAGCGACGUUCUCUCUGUCGUCGCGCGCGCGGGACACCUCGAGCUGCGCUCGUUGCACGUACAACACCUGCCGCGCGAUUAGGCACGCACGACGAUUCGUUCAUCCGUAACCCGUUCCGGCGACCUUUUUCUGAGACUGCAAAAUUUCGAGCAGUGCCUUCCUCCCGACCCGAAAAUCGGGCCGGCAUCAUAGCGCGAUCGCCGAGUUGCCGUCGGAAUCAUGCACGGGAAAACGAUUGACAAUAAUAACAACGACACCAAUGACAUGUCGAUCCGUGAGUGAAUAUGCGCACGGGAGAAUGAGACUCGCUCGUUCGAAGCGGGAGAACAUCCUCAGGAUCGUCGGAAGCGGACAAUCUCGUCAUGAUGUUAGUUCCACAAGAUAUCAUGGGUGGCCCGUCGAAGAUGCUGUACCAAAUGAACAAAUACUACGCCGAGCGGGUACAGGCUCGCAUGGGCCAGGUGCAGAAGACCAUACGGGAAGUAUGCAAGGUCGUACAGGACGUGCUCAAGGAGGUCGAGGUGCAGGAGCCACGCUUCAUCUCUUCCCUGACCGAGUGUAACGGCCGCUACGAGGGCCUCGAGGUGAUAUCACCGGGUGAAUUCGAGGUGGUCCUCUACCUGAACCAGAUGGGAGUUUUCAACUUUGUCGACGACGGCACCCUGCCGGGCUGCGCCGUGUUAAAGCUCAGCGACGGACGCAAGAGGUCCAUGUCCCUCUGGGUUGAGUUUAUCACGGCGUCUGGUUAUCUGUCAGCCAGGAAAAUACGUUCGAGAUUUCAGACUCUGGUGGCGCAGGCCUGCGACAAGUGUAAUUACAGGGACUCGGUGAAAAUGAUCGCUGACACGACCGAAGUGAAGCUACGGAUACGGGAGCGAUACGUUGUGCAGAUUACACCGGCAUUCAAGUGCUCCGGCGUGUGGCCGCGAUCGGCCGCUCAUUGGCCGAUACCGCACAUCCCCUGGCCGCAUCCCAAUCUAGUGGCGGAAGUCAAGACGGAGGGCACGGAGGGCUUCGACCUGCUGUCGAAGGAGAGCGUCGCGCUUCAGGGCAAGCAAUCGGCGAUGGAGGGCGACGCCUGGGUACUGUCUUUCACGGAAGCGGAAACCAGGCUGCUGCAGGGCGGCUGUCGUCGAAAGUGUCUCAGCAUAUUGAAAACCCUGAGGGACCGACACCUCGAUCUGCCCGGAAAUCCAGUCACUAGCUACCACAUGAAGACUCUGCUGCUGCACGAAUGCGAGAAACAUCCCCUCGAGACCGAAUGGGACGAGGGAUGCCUGGCCGAUCGUAUUAAUGGCAUUUUUCUGCAGCUGAUAUCCUGUCUACAAUGUCGACGGUGUCCGCACUACUUCCUACCGAAUCUCGAUCUCUUCAAGGGAAAGUCACCUAGCGGUCUGGAAAAUGCUGCGAAGCAAGUUUGGAGACUUACAAGGGAGUUGCUCACGAAUAGCCGUGCGCUGGAGAAGCUUUAGCGCGAAAGCGCGAUGACGAGGAGAGCGUUGACACGUGUAACACGAUUUUGGGAACGUUAUUACCGCAUGGUAUUACGUGCUUCUCCGAUACUACACGCGAACAGUAUUGUAGUUACUGUUAUUACUUAAUUACACGCUUGUAUCAAGGAUUUGGUGCAUUGUUACAAAUGACUCUCGACACGUAAGCCGUACUUGUUUCCUUCAAUAACAAUCGCGAUUCAAUGAGCAAUAAUGAUCGUCGAGUAGAUAACUCAAACUAUUAAUUUCCUUUUUGACAUUCAAGAAGUCGCAUGGAAAUCAAAUAGCCAAAGAAUUAAAAAUCUAGCCAUAAUUCUUUUUAUACCAUCUAUUUAAUUGUUGUAUUUGGCUUAAUAUAAAAUUGAUUGUACGAUUUAUAGAAACAAAAAUUUUGACCA